GCUGUAACCCAAGCCCUGCAUGCUUCGUUCGGUGGGCGAAAUGACUCUACCAACCAAAGAGAGGUUACCUUAUGCAAAAACAUAUUUCAACUUUGAAACCCAGAUUAAAAUGAAUCUCUACCCUUUAAAAUCCCAUUUUAGACCUUCAAAAUAUUUUUAUUAUCCGAUGAUAAUGAGAAAUGCUUGUUGGGUAUUUUGGUAAUCCUCUUCUACAGUCCAUUGAUUCCAUGGUUUUAGCUCCAGCAGGCAAUCUGUCCGUUUUAAAAGUUUUUGGGGACCCUCUGAGUUUUGCCAGGUCUAUCAUUUAUGGUCAUUAAUUGCCUACAACUCUCUCUCUCUCUCUCUCUCUCUCUCUCUCUCUCUCUCUCUCUCUCUCUCUAGCUCUGUUUCUUAUACAUUUAUCUUUCAAGCAUAUUGACCGCCAGUUCAUUUAUCACCUUCAAAGUUUACUCCAAUACAAAGGGAAAGCAUGGCAAACAGUAAACAAUGCAACUUACUUCUGCUACUCUUCUGCUUUAUCAUUGCUGCAUAUGUUACUCAAGGAUCCAGAACUCAUCAAGUACUACUACUUCCUAAUAAUCCGAGAAUCCCUGUCUCACAAGGAGUACUGAAUUUGCAGGUUGGCAUUGAAGUACAGAGUUCCAGGAAUUCAAGGAGAUUGAUGAUAGGAUCCACAGCUCCUACUUGCACUUACAAUGAAUGCAGAGGAUGCAAAUACAAGUGUAGGGCUGAGCAGGUUCCUGUGGAAGGAAAUGACCCAAUAAAUAGUCCAUACCACUACAAAUGUGUUUGUCAUGGGUGAUGGAUGGACAUAUCAAAUCAUAUAAAAUAUGUAUGAGUGUGUAGCGUCCACUGGACUGGAUGCUUGAAUUUUUGCCUGUUCCAGUAUCAUGCAAUUUCCUGAUAAAAUGAUUUUCCUUGUUCUUCUCAUUCUUCUGUUUCUUGCUGAUGUACUAAGGCCAAUAAACUUGCCUAUUCAAAUGAUAUAGUA